UCUAUGUUUGACGUUAGUACGUUACACAAUUAUUGACAACUUGUCAGUACAAUAAUAGUCAGUACCUAAAGUAAACUGACUGGUUUACCCCAACCAUUCGUGAAUCGAAAUUCGCGGUACCUUUACGUUUGAGUAAAUAAUAUUAUAUUCCUUGCUCGGUGUAAAUAGAUUCAUUUAUUUGAAAUCUCAGAUAUAUUUUUUAAGGAUUUUGCUCACGCCUUCGAGGGUCGCGCAGCAGCUAGUAAUAUAAUACCUACGAUGGUAAAUACCUGAUUAACAUGGUCAAAGCAAGAAAAUACGUGGUGAAGACGCAUUUUGUGGGAAUUCCUAAACGUGACGAUUUUGAGUUGGUAGAAUAUGAAUUGCCCCCAAUCAAAGAUGGAGAGUUUCUGGUUAAGGCAGAAUGGAUCAGUGUAGAUCCUUACAUGCGUGCUUACAACGCUUUCACUCCCGUACCGUAUGACCAAUUUGGUUUCCAGAUCGGUUUAGUUCAGGAAUCUAAGAAUUCUAAAUACCCAGUGGGAAGUAGAGUCGUUUCACAUAAAGGUUGGUGUGAUUACGCUAUCCUAUCUAACUCCCAAGAAGCAACGGAAAUCACCUAUAAAAUGCCUGACCUAAAGGGUCUACCUAUGGAACUUGCAAUUGGUACUGUGGGUAUGACUGGCGCUACAGCUUAUUUCGGUUUUCUGGAGAUUUGUAAACCAAAAGCUGGAGAGACAGUUGUGGUGACAGGAGCUGCAGGUGCUGUGGGUUCUAUCGUCGGUCAAAUAGCGAAAAUAAAAGGAUGCAGGGUUAUCGGAUUCGCCGGAUCAGACGCUAAGGUUGAUUGGUUGGAAAAGGAACUUGGAUUUGAUAAAGCGAUUAAUUAUAAAACAGAAAAUAUUGACGAAGCUUUAAAGGCAGCCGCUCCUAAGGGCGUCGAUUGCUACUUUGAUAACGUUGGUGGAGGAAUCAGUACUACUAUUAUGAGUCAAAUGAACAAAUUUGGUAGAAUUUCAGUAUGUGGAAGUAUAAGCGCAUACAACGAUGAUCCUAAAAGUAUGCCGAAAGCUGUAGUGGUUCAGCCAUCUAUGGUAUUUAAGGAAUUGAAAAUGGAGGGAUUUUUGGUGUCUAGAUGGGCUAAACCAGAAAAUAGAUGGCCAGAGGCGUUUGCUGAAAUAGCAAAAUGGAUUAUGACUGGCCAGUUAAAGACUAAAAGUCAUAUAACAGAGGGUUUUGAUAAAAUCUAUGAUGCGUUUAUUGGUAUGCUUGCUGGAGACAAUACCGGUAAAGCGGUAGUUAAAAUAUAAGUACCUUUUACAUUUUUUUUAUUAUAAAAUAAAAUGUGUCUUGUAAACUGUAAA